AAGGAGCAGGUAACUCAGUAGCACGUGUAGAACGAAAUAAAAAAUGUCGGUUCUCCGCUGUUCGGAAGUUAUUAUAUCGAGUGAUUUGGGUAGUAAAAGCUCCGAAUGCAAGCAGAAAGGAAGUAUUUGUGUAUUAGAUAUCAACACAUGCACGGCUUUAGCAUGUUUCAGAGACGAUCUCGGUCCAAUAGCUAACGGAUUGUGUUUGAUAAAAAAGAAUUAUCUUUUGUCGGCCUCUGAAAAUGUGCUUUGCGUAUGGAAUAUCACCAACUCCUCGUCUCCAGCUAUAAAGAUGGAAGUUCCUAAAAAUAUUUCUUCAUUGGCAGUUUCUCCAGACGGUUUAUAUUGUGUUGCAGGAAUCCAAGAAAAACUUUACGUAUGGUGCGUAUUAACUGGUCAACUUCUGUCUGUCAUUCAAAAACAUUUUCAAAACAUCGUGUGUAUUAAGUUUGCUGAUAACUUAACUUUUUUAACUGGUGGAGAAGACAAUCAGAUUAUUGCCUGGUCCUUGGUCGAUAUUUUUAAUGCUAUGGACAACAAAAACAAUAAAAAUUCUACACCGGAGCCACUGUUUAUAUGGCACGACCACACACUUCCUAUAACUGAUUUAUAUGUUGGCGCCGGUGGAAUACGAGCUCGCAUUGUCUCCUCUUCCCUCGAUCGAACAUGUAAAUUUUGGGAUCUUGCCACUGGCCGGCUUUUGUGUAGUUUUAUGUUUUCCGAAAGUCUUUUGUCUGUUACUAUGAACAUGGCUGAAAAUCGCCUUUAUGCCGGUGGUAGCAGUGGUAAAAUUUACGUUGUAGAUCUGUCACAAGGCUCAGCCAAUACAACGGAUGAUACUAUGAGUGGAGGAUCGGAUAAAACUAAAUUCUAUUUUCUUGGUCACAGCAAACAUGUCAAUUGUCUAUCAGUGUCUAUGGACGGUAGUUUGUUGGCGUCUGGUUCCGAUGAUUGCACCGUGAAGGUGUGGGACACAACUAAUGGUCGAUGUUUGAAAACACUGAUGCACAAAUCGGCAGUCACUAAUGCUUUUAUCGCUCCCGUCUAUCGCUCUGUUUUCGAAACCAAGUCCAAAGAAACUUUCCCCAUCCAUAAAUUUCAAACAGAAAUGUUGAACAAAAAAGAAAAAAUCUCAUCUGUCCUUUUUCAAAAUUUCCUGCAAGAGACCAAUGUGUGUGGUCAGUCAUAUCCAUUCCAGUCAGAUGUUUUUGCUACAAUUUUGGCCGGUGAACUCGACAGCCACAUUAUCCCGAGCGAUUCAGUCGCAGAAGACGAAGAACAGAGUGCGCGCGAAAGAACUGAGACUAUAGCUAAAUUGAGGAAAGAAAUUGAUCUGAUUAAAACUGAGAAUGAAAAACUUUUUACUUUUUCAGUUAGUCAGGUUUUGAAAUAACAUUUCCAUCGUUUCAUUUUCAGAAAAUUUGUAUAAAACACACACAUCAAAUAUAUAAUAAAUCAUUCAGAACCAGUGUGUAAAUUA